GAUUAUUGGGUUCGCCCAAACUUUGUGGAAUAAAUUAAAUUAUUUAAUGUCAAUACAGAAUUUGUUGAGUCUUAACUAUUGUUGUGUGGCGAUAAAAGUGAUCGAUAAUUACAGAUAGUUCGCGUCCUACACAUCAAAUUUUCUUUUGAAAAAGUUUCAUUUCAAAAUUCUCCCAAUCUUAAAAUUUGCUUUUGGAACGGAACUCAUAGAAAAAUAUUAAGAAUACAUUCUCUAAAAUAUUCAAAAAAGCCACAUUACGCACCCAAAUAUAUUCAAGUACUAUCUGCAAUUAUCAACAGAAACGUUAAAUCAACAAAACCUAAACCAACAAAAUUUCCAGCAAAUAUUAAACUCAAAUCACCAAUAAGUUUAGAAAAUUACAGAAAUGUCUUUAAGACGAUAUCAGCCACAACAGAAGAAGCAACCAAGUUAUAACGCUAACAUAAAUGGCGGUGCUAGUUUCCGAACAAGAAACAGCAUUGCUGAUAAUUUAGAAGAAUAUAAUACUCCAGAUCCUCACGCAGUGGCUAGUUCCGCCUCUUCCAUUACAACGGUAUUGCCGGUAGCAGCCACAUCUAGCACUUUAACGACGUCGGUAAUACCCUCAGGCUCGGCCACAACUUCCCAUGCGCCAGCGGUGACCGAGCAAAUUGCUAAUUUGCUAAAUUUGGCGCAACAUCUAUUGAGCGAUGUGCGUGAACAACAACAGCGACAACAUCGACGGCGCCACCGCCACCGCCACCGGCGAGAGUCUCGCCUGCUAGCCUGCACGCCAUAUCAGCGGCCAAAUAGAGAGGCGUUUCACACUCCACAUGAACAUAUUGACAGCAAUGCGUGUGGGUUUAGCGGUGCAAAUGUGAAUACCGUUAAUAUAGGAGAAACAUGUGCGGUCACAAAUGACAGCGCCAACUCUACUGGUCAACAACAAUCGAGACAUAUACAAUUUUGCAAACGCGGCGGCAGCAACAUCAACAACAGUGGAACUAGUGAGGAUAAUAUAAAUUUUCAAUGCGCUAUUUGUUUGGAUUCGUAUCUGUUGCAUCGGCCGAUGGUCACUCAGUGUGGACAUAUAUUUUGCAAGCGCUGUAUAAGGCAGUGUGUCCACUGUCAGGGCAAGUGCCCUAUGUGUAAUCGUAAUUUGAAUUCCAAGAGCAUGUUUCGGGUGUAUUUUUGAGCCUUUUGUAUAUGCGAUUGCUUGGCGAGUUAGCGAGGUGGUAGGUCAGUGAAGGAGCCUGCAGACAACGCAAUUUGUAUUUUGAAAUUUUUGUUGACAUUUCUUUGUUAAACAUGUUUGUAUGUAGGUGCAUUUCAAUAUGUACGACUAUGUAUGCCUUUUUGGGAAAUUUUCUUUUUUAACUUGAAUAUUUUGUAUGUUUUAUGUUCAUUUAGUGCUAAUCUUUACAAUACCUCCAAUAUUUGAUUAUGUACUAUUACACAUAUAUCUACCUAUGGAAGUCCAACCAACAAAAAAUAUACACAAUUUGUUUUUAAAUUGAAACAAUUGAUUCCCAAUUGCUAAACGA